GUCCAGAACAGAAAGUGUGGAGGGAGGGAGGGAGAGAGAAAGAGAUGGGGAGCGACAGCGAAGCAGAGAAGGUGCACCUAAAGGAGAAGAAGAAGGUAGUAGCUUUGGCUCCGAUUGCUAAACCUCUUGCCGGCAAAAAGCUAUGCAAACGAACCCUCAAGCUUGUUCGCACAGCUGCUGAAAACAAAUGCGUGAAGAGAGGAGUGAAGGAAGUGGUUAAGAGCAUUCGCCGUGGCCACAAAGGAGUCUGUGUCAUAGCUGGUAAUAUAUCUCCUAUUGAUGUCAUAACUCAUGUCCCGAUCUUGUGCGAAGAGUCAAACAUCCCUUACGUCUAUGUUCCCUCAAAGGAGGAUCUCGCAACUGCUGGAGCAACCAAGCGGCCAACAUGUUGCGUUCUUAUCCUAACAAAGCCUGCGAAAGGAGAACUAAGCCCGAAAAUUCAAGAGAAACUCAAGACAGACUAUGAUCAAGUUGUUGAAGAUGUCAAAGAACUUGCUUCUUCUACUGUCUAUUAGGAUUGCAUUAGGAUUUAGGAUAUACAAAUUGCUCUUUACUGUCUCAUGUCUCAUUGCACUCUCUAUUUUUCGUCCAUGUCUGCCAGAAAAAAGUAUUUGAGUUUUCUCAGAUGGUAAUGUAAAAACGAAUCAGCCUCUUAUUCUUGGCUCAUGUUACAUUGUCGAGACUGAAUUGUCAAGCGUGUAUCACAAACCCUAUUAUUUACAUCAUUC